AUGCCGUACCUCAGCUGCCGCGUCCCGGCCGAGCAGAUCCAGGAGAACUUCAAGGCAUGGUGGCGCUCCGAGGAGCACGGGAUGAUGACUCAGGGCACUGGUCCUGAGAUGGAUGGUGACAGUGACGCGGACGACGAGCCCGUCAUCCAGGAUGGAGUGGCCGUGGAGACCCUCGACACCUUCGAGGAGGAGGCCCAGGAGAUCGACUACGAGGCCAAUGAUGUCGCAGCGAUGGCCAGCCAGGCAAACUUGCAUCUGUUCACUUCGGCAGAAGAUCAUGCGGCCAUGAAGGCCGAGCUCGCGGCUCUUCAGGAAAAGGUGGAUCCUACAAAGUACUUCACUUGCAGCUUGUCAGAGAUUUGCCUCCUCGAUCCUCUCGAGACUGUGCUUUGCCAGCUUCGGACAGCAAGCUGCAGCACCGCGGGGGCCAAGCUGGUCCUCACGUUUCCUGAGAAGUUCGCCGAGCUGCUGGAGACGAUCAGUGACAAUCCACAGCAGUGGCUCAAGGCCACGCCGACUGAGGAGAGCGCUGUUGCAGGGCCAAGCGAGGUGGAGGCCAGCGCCAAGGUGUGGGCCCCUGCGAUGUUCUCACGGUCGAUGGCGGGCUCGAAGAACAUCGAGGACUUUCUCCAGAGGCUGCCAGCUGCCUGCAAAGCUGCUGGCUUCCAGAUCCUCGACGGCGACGGGAAGAUCUUCGUAGGAACUUCGUUGGUCAGGUACGACGUCAUCACGAUGAGGGCGGCCGAGUUCUUUGACAUCACCUUCGCCGCGGUGAGCACGAAGAACUUCGGGAAGUCAGUGCUUGCUGAUCUGGCGGAAGUUUGCCCAAAAGACCCCACGUCGGCUGCAAGACUCCGGAAGCUACGUAGCAGGAUCGACAAG